AUGGGCGAGGUGGCUGUAUCGCAGUCCAGAGCUGAUCUACUGCAGAGGCUCAGGGACAGGGUCGAGGCAUUCCCAGAUAUCAUCCUGCUCUUCAUGGCCGAGAUCAAUGAACGCGUCACCUACAGCCAACCCAAGCAUAUGAGCAAUGCGUGGCGAAAGCUACAAAAGGAUGAGAAUGCUCGCUCCCGCACCACCUUCCUUUCCAACCGCACUGGACCAAGAUCACUCGAUGUACCUGCUGAAAUUGAAGUUGAAGGGCACGUCUGGCAUGCAAUGUCAAGCGUGCAUUUCCAGGUCUGGGUGCAAGACGUCAAUGGGCGAAUUGACAUAGACACGCAGAACCAAAAUCUCACAGCAUGUGGCGAAUUAUUUCCGAACAAAUCAAUGGACAAUGUCACACUCAUGAUGGAGAGGGGACUGUCCCGGAUGAGGGAACAGUAUGCACAGCUGUCCCAACAGGUCAGCCCAAAUGUUGACGUUUCGGCCUUGCUGGCCGCGCCUGUCACUCUCCCCUUUGGAUGGGAUGGGAUGCUUUCUAAGCUUGCCCUCGCAAGUCUGACAAUGGCUCAUGAUCGUUAUAAGCAUUGGCAUAGUGUGAUGGCACGCAGUAGGACAGCCAAGCGCACGGCAGAGGAAGCAUUUGAUGCAGGGCCAGCCAACAACACACGUUCACGCACGCGUGCUCGCACUGCUGCACUUGUCCGGGGCCAGAGCUUACCAUAA